AUGAACACCUCAACCAAAAUUCAACCCUCUUCCUCUUCUCAAUCCACCAAGAAUACCCAUCAACCAACCGAUUCAGUAAGCUCCAAGCCCCCAAAAUCGACCUACAGAAUCCUCAGAGAUGCCGGAUUCCGCAGCAUGAACGAUUUCAUGUUUUCCUAUGGACUGAAAUUACAUAAUGAUGAACAUCUUGCCCAGGCAAAGGAAAUGAUAGAGAGGAUGAAGGAGGAGGAUUUGAGGGGAGAGGAUCUAAGAAGAUUGGUGUUUGCAAGGGGUAGCGAUGAAGAGAGCGCCAAGGAUGAACGAGGUCCGGAGAGCUCCGAGGAUGGAGAUGGUGCAGUAGAAUUGAUCGGUUCUGCGGAUGUGGUUGGCGGUGAGGAAGUGGAAGAUGGGGUUCAGUUGCGUGGGGCUGAGGUGGGGAGGAAAUGGGUAGGGUUUUAUCUGGAGAAGGAGGAUUGGAUGGAAAUGCCGAUAGGAAUGGUAGAUGGUGAUAAUUUUGUCGAGGCCUUUGGUUAUGACUAUGUUGGCGAUGGAGAUAAUGACGGUUAUGGGGAUGUCUACGAUGAUCAGGAUGAGUUCGAGGAUGAUUUCGAGGAUGGCUUUGAAGGUGAUUUUUUCUACGAUGAUUGA